GCCUCCGUUCUCCCAGAUGCGCAGGGCCGCGUGGCCGCUGCACAGCCCUGGUUCUCCCUCUAGCGGCCACAGGCUCUCCCCGCCCGCCACUCUUUCCCAGUGUCUUACGCGACGCCUCCGCGGCGGGCGGUGCGAGACACAGCGCAGGCGCGGGGCGGCCGACGUGUGGGCGUGAGUCCCCGCUCCGGGGUCUGACUGUUACCGAUGUAGGAGGCUCUGGGCCCCUGGUCCUCACUGCUUUCCUUCUCCUAAAGUUUCACAGAGGCGUCUGGGUUCGAAGCGGGCUGACGUCCGCCCUACAGCUCUUAGAAGAAAUGGAGCAAGCACCACAAAAUGGAGAACCUGCAGAAAUUAAGAUUAUCAGGGAAGCAUACAAAAAUGCCUUUUUAUUUGUUAAUAAAGGUUUGAAUACAGAUGAAUUAGGGCAGAAGGAAGAAGCAAAGAACUACUAUAAGCAAGGAAUAGGACACCUGCUCAGGGGAAUCAGCAUUAUAUCAACGGAGCCUCAACACACAGGCCCUGAAUGGGAAUCUGCUAGACAGAUGCAACAGAAAAUGAAAGAAACACUACAGAAUGUACGCGCCAGGUUAGAAAUUCUAGAGAAAGGUCUUGCCACUUCCCUACGAAAUGAUCUUCAGGAAGUACCCAAGUUGUAUCCAGAAUUUCCACCGAAAGACAUGUGUGAAAAGUCGCCAGGGCCUCAGUCCUGUAAUUCACCUCCUCAGCAUACUGAAAUAAAUAACACUACAGCUGCAAGUUCAGGAUCCAUUGCUGCACCAUCUUCUCCAGCCUUACCAUCUCCAAGCUGUCCAUCAGAAGCUCCUCCUGCUUAUACUCCUCAGGCUGCGGAGGGUCACUACACUGUGUCUUAUGGAACUGAUUCUGGUGAAAUUUCAUCAGUUGGAGAAGAUUUCUAUAGGAGCCAUUCUCAGCCACCUCCUCUUGAGACCUUAGGGAUGGAUGCAGAUGAAUUGAUUCUGAUACCAAAUGGAGUACAGAUCUUUUUUGUAAAUCCUGCCGGGGAGGUUAGUGCACCUUCAUAUCCUGGCUACCUUCGAAUUGUCAGGUUCUUGGAUAAUUCUCUUGAUACAGUUCUAAAUCGCCCUCCUGGAUUUCUUCAGGUUUGUGACUGGUUGUAUCCUCUGGUUCCUGAUAGAUCUCCAGUUCUCAAAUGUUCUGUGGGAGCCUACAUGUUUCCUGAUACAAUGUUACAAGCAGCAGGAUGCUUUGUGGGUGUGGUCUUAUCCUCUGAGCUACCAGAAGAUGAUAGAGAACUCUUUGAGGAUCUAUUAAGACAAAUGUCUGACCUUCGACUCCAGGCCAACUGGAAUAGGGCAGAAGGAGAAAAUGAAUUUCAAAUCCCUGGAAGAACAAGAGUCCCCUCUGACCAAAUGAAGGGAGCUUCUGCUAGUGAUGUGAGUCAGUUGGACCCUUCAUUAGGCCAAGGCAACAAGGAGGUGCAUCAUAAAGGAAAACAUAAGAAAAAGACUAAAGGUACUUCAGAUGAAGAAGUGAAUCUGAGUCACAUUGUACCCUGUGAGCCAGUUUCAGAAGAAAAAGCAAAAGAAUUACCUGAAUGGAGUGAGAAAGUGGCUCAAAACAUUUUGUCAGGUGCUUCCUGGGUGAGUUGGGGAUUAGUCAAAGGUGCUGAGUUUACUGGCAAAGCAAUCCAGAAAGGUGCUUCCAAACUCCGAGAACGGAUUCAGCCAGAAGAAAAACCAGUGGAAGUUAGUCCAGCUGUCUCCAGGGGACUUUAUAUAGCCAAGCAGGCUACCGGAGGAGCAGCCAAAGUCAGCCAAUUCCUGGUUGAUGGAGUCUGCACUGUAGCAAAUUGUGUUGGAAAAGAAUUAGCUCCACAUGUUAAGAAGCAUGGAAGCAAACUUGUUCCAGAAUCUCUUAAAAGAGACAAAGAUGGAAAAUCUACCCUGGAUGGUGCUAUGGUUGUUGCAGCAAGUAGUGUUCAAGGAUUUUCAACUGUCUGGCAGGGAUUGGAAUGUGCAGCUAAAUGCAUUGUUGACAAUGUUUCAGCUGAGACUGUACAAACGGUCAGAUACAAAUAUGGGCAUAAUGCAGGAGAAGCUACACACCACGCAAUGGAUUCUGCCAUCAAUGUUGGUGUAACUGCCUAUAAUAUUGACAACAUUGGUAUCAAAGCAAUGGUGAAGAAAACUGCAAAACACACAGGACAAAAACUCCUUGAAGACUAUCAAAUAAUUGAUGAUUCUCAGAGGGAAGAUGAAGAAGGAACAUCAAAUCCAAACAUGAAGAAACAGAAGAAUGAGAAGAAGGAGGCAAAGAAGAAAGAUAAAUGAUGGAAGUGGUGUAAACUACCUGUACCAAAGCCUUACCAAAUGGAGGAAAUUUUGUAAAAUAAGCAAAUGUGGAAUUCGCCACAGAUUAAUCAGUAUUUUCUUUUAAUGUAUUCAUUCCUGUCAAAUGACUGCCAUAAGUAUUCUGGCAUGUAUUCCACUUGUAAGGAAAACAAUCAGCAUUCUUGCAUCUGGCCUUUAAAAAUAAUGAAAUUAUAUUCUCAGUAAGUUUAUUUUUGCCCUAAAUGUGACUAAAAUAUUUUUGUAGUUAAAGUACAGCUUAUAAAACAUGAGCUAUAAAUUUCACUAAACUUAAUAUUUUUCUAUCUGCUCUCUUUCAGGAAGAAAAGUAGGAAAUUACAUAUUUACAUAAAAUUACAUAGUUACAUAAAAUCUGGUAUUCAGUAACCUCAGAUGUAUUUAUACUAGGAAAGAGUGACCUCUAAAAUACUUUAUUUUCUUUUUGCACUAAUUGUGGAUCUCAUUAGAUGCUUGUCAGAAUUUUCAGUGUGUAAGCUAAAUAACUAUAAUCUAAAAAAUUCUCAGAUGACACUUUAAAACAUUUUCAAGACAAGAGAUUGAUCAUGGAAAAUAAAAAUGAAGCUAAGUAAAACUAUUUGGAAGCUUGCCUGUUAGGAAAUGAGGUCUUUUUCAUUUAAAAUGAAUAAAAAUACAUCUUUACGUCUUCUGGAUUGGGACUGGUUUUGAAGUAUUAGGAAAUUUUGCAGUAUUACUGGUAUUUAUUAAAACUUAAAGUAAUUAUCAUCAGCUUUAUUGACUAAAACCUUUGUAAAAACAAAAACAUAAGCAGUUAAAUUUACUAAUGAUAAAUAUAUUCUUAUUUUUUGAUUCAGUUGUUGGAAUUUAUAUUUAAAAGCUAAUAAUUUACAAGGAAAGGUUCUAUUCAUGAUCACGGUAAACAGCCAUCAUCUGUAUAAUCAUUUCUGAACCGCUAGUGGCUAGUUUAUUAGACUUUAUUUGAAACUAGCUAAAGAAUGCACUUUGUGAAUAAAAAAAGUUCUCUGACUUGCUUGGCCUCAAAUAUAUUUAUUUAUUGGGCUUGUGUUUCAGGAACACAGAAUUGGUGGGGUGUUUUUCUAAUUGUUAAAAUGGAAAUAAAAUUGAAUUACUAAAUA